AUGGCAUCAAAUGUGAUGAUUACGGAUAUAUUGGACGAAUUGUUUGAAGAAAACGGUCGACUAAUGCGUGAAUUUUUGCAGAAUAAACCGAUUAAAACAAGAAGUAGAAGAAGAAGAACGAAGAUAUUAGGGGAGAAUUAUGAUGACGACAGCGAUUAUAAUGACGACAACCAAUCCGGUAACACAUCCAUCAGUGAUAAUACAGAUACAGAAAUAAUGGUAAAGAAGAAGAAGAAGAAGAAACAGAUUACCGAUAAGCAAACGAUUGAGAAAAAAGUUCAACGAAAGGCUUAUAUAUGCGAUUGGAUUGGAUGUGACAAACAAUUUAUAAGUUAUUCAGAAGUCUUGGCCCACAAACUGGUCAAACAUACCGAUGAGCGGCCAUUCGAGUGUCCGAAAUGUGACAAAAGAUUUCCACUUAAACAGAAACUGAAAGUUCAUCUGAGGUUAAGUCAUUCAAAUAGGAAAUUCCGGUGCACUUACAAUGGCUGCGACAAAGUGUAUUCAUCAAAUUCUAGUCUUAAUGAACACAAACGUAUAGUACAUUCGGACGACAGGCCCUAUCCGUGCGAUUGGCCCGGUUGUGACAAACGGUAUAAAACGGCAUUCAGUGUAACACUACAUCGCGAAUAUCAUAUGACUGUCCGAACGUAUCGGUGUCCAGUCGACGGAUGCGAUAAAGUCUUUAAUUCUAGAAUUCAAUUAUAUUCGCACAAAAAAGAUCACUCACUGGCCUACUAUGUAUGUUCGUGGCCCGAGUGUGAGGCCAGGUUCAGGUCAAACAUUAAGCUUACCGAACAUAUGAACACACAUCAGGGACUCAGACCACACAAAUGCCAUUUUCCCGACUGUGACUACAGUUACGGUCGGUCGUCAUCACUGCGCAAACAUUUGAUUAAAACGCAUAAUUAUAUUAAGUCAUACCAUAGAAAAUAGGUGUA